GUUUGGGGCCGGAAGUUUUAUUGUUUAUGCCCGACGCGGAGGAGGAAGUCGAUCUCCUCGCCAUUUUGGAAGAAAAAAAAAUCGGUUCGUUACCGAGCAGCUACUUCUAUGAGGACAACGUGAUAGCUUGGUUUAAAAAUAAUGCACGUCACGGAGCUGCUUUAAAAUUCGCCACUUUGUUACCAUUUAAUCCUUACUCAAACGGUAGUAUUACUUAUAUUUCUCUUCCGACCAUGUCUACAGAUGCAGCAGCCGACCAGACUGCAGCAGAGUACGUCCCGGAGAAGGUGAAGAAGGCAGAGAAAAAGUUGGAAGAAAACCCAUAUGACCUUGACGCUUGGAGCAUUCUGAUUCGAGAAGCACAGAACCAACCUAUUGAUAAAGCAAGGAAGACAUAUGAGCGACUUGUCACUCAGUUUCCAAGUUCCGGCAGAUUCUGGAAACUCUUCAUUGAAGCCGAGGUCAAGGCAAAAAACUAUGACAAAGUAGAAAAGCUGUUUCAGAGAUGUCUGAUGAAAGUGUUACACAUCGAUCUGUGGAAAUGUUACCUUGCUUACGUGCGAGAGACCAAAGGAAAGCUCCCCAGCUACAAGGAGAAGAUGGCCCAGGCAUACGACUUUGCCCUGGAUAAAAUUGGCAUGGAAAUUAUGUCAUAUCAGAUUUGGGUGGACUACAUUAACUUCCUGAAGGGAGUUGAGGCUGUGGGCUCGUAUGCAGAGAACCAACGCAUCACAGCAGUACGAAGGGUCUACCAGAGGGGCUGUGUGAAUCCCAUGAUUAAUAUUGAGCAGCUCUGGAGAGACUAUAGCAAAUAUGAAGAGGGAAUCAAUAUACACUUGGCCAAGAAAAUGAUUGAGGAUCGAAGCAGAGACUACAUGAAUGCCAGAAGAGUAGCCAAGGAGUAUGAGACCGUAAUGAAAGGGCUGGACAGGAAUGCACCUUCAGUGCCACCCCAGAACUCCCCCCAGGAGGCGCUGCAGGUGGAUAUGUGGAAGAAGUACAUCCAGUGGGAAAAAAGCAACCCUCUGCGCACGGAAGAUCAGACGCUGAUCACAAAGAGAGUGAUGUUUGCCUACGAGCAGUGUCUGCUGGUGCUGGGGCACCAUCCCGACGUUUGGUACGAGUCAGCUCAGUACUUGGAGCAGUCCAGCAAGUUGUUGGCGGAGAAAGGGGACAUGAAUAACUCCAAGCUAUUCAGUGACGAGGCGGCUAACAUCUACGAGCGUGCCAUUGGAACACUACUGAAGAAAAAUAUGCUUCUUUACUUCUCAUUUGCCGACUAUGAAGAAAGCCGUAUGAAACACGAGAAGGUGCACAGCAUCUAUAAUAAACUGCUGGCCAUUGAGGACAUUGACCCCACGUUGGUGUACAUACAGUACAUGAAAUUUGCCAGGAGGGCGGAGGGCAUCAAAUCGGGCCGAACCAUCUUCAAAAAGGCCCGCGAGGAUCUGCGUACACGCCACCACGUUUAUGUCACCGCGGCUCUGAUGGAGUACUACUGCAGCAAGGAUAAAUCGGUGGCCUUUAAGAUUUUUGAGCUUGGUUUGAAGAAAUAUGGCGACAUUCCAGAGUACAUACUCGCAUACAUUGAUUACCUCUCGCAUCUUAAUGAGGAUAACAACACCAGAGUUCUGUUUGAACGGGUCCUCACCUCAGGAAACCUUUCACCAGAGAAGUCAGGGGAGAUCUGGGCUCGUUUUCUGGCCUUCGAAAGUAACAUCGGCGACCUGGCCAGUAUUCUGAAAGUGGAGCGGCGCCGUUUCACUGCCUUCAAGGAUGAAUACGAGGGCAAAGAGACAGCCUUGCUUGUGGACCGAUACAAGUUCAUGGACCUGUAUCCCUGCUCCAGCAGUGAACUCAAAGCUCUGGGAUACAAGGAUGUGUCUCGUGCCAAACUGGCAGCUAUGCUCCCUGAGGCUGUCGCCGUGCCCUCCGCGCCCACGCUGAAGGACGAAAUAGACCGAAAACCAGAGUACCCCAAACCGGACACCAAUCAGAUGAUCCCCUUCCAACCACGCCACCUCGCAGCUCCAGGCCUGCACCCUGUACCCGGUGGAGUGUUCCCAGUACCCCCGGUGGCUGUCAUUUUAAUGAAGCUGCUCCCGCCACCUACGUGUUUCACCGGUCCUUUUGUCCAAGUGGAUGAGCUCAUUGAGACUUUCAGGAGAUGCACACUUCCGCAGACUGUUGAGGCUGCUGUGGAGCUCAUCACGGGCAGACUGCCAGACAGUGGUGGCGAGGGCAAUGGCGCCAUGGAGAACCACAACAGCACCAAGUCACUCAAGAGGCCCAAUGCUGACUCGGAUGAGGAAGACGACAAAGGAGCGGUGGCGCCGCCCAUCCACGACAUUUAUCGCGCUCGCCAGCAGAAGAGGAUUCGAUAGAGCGCCCACCACGGCUUGAACCUUACAAGAAUGUAACAAGCAGCCAAAGGAGGUAAUAUGUUCGUUUUUGGAGAGUCUUGGGCUGACAGAACUUGACCUCUGUAAAGCAGCCAUACGCAGCCACACAAACACACAACCUAAACCUGAGUGUCCUUGUGUUUUUAUGUUCAAAGACUGACUGAUACUGUACAAAGUUUUUAAUCCAACCAUCGGUUGUGGCAAACAGCUCAGUUUUUGGCCUUGUGAUGUUCCAGUGAUGGCAAAUAUUUUUAGAUAACUGGAGAAGAUGAUCUCUCUCAAUAAAAGUGUACAUUGUUCAACA